GCGCAUGCUCAGUGUAGUAGCCGGUUAUGGCGGCGGUGUGUGUUUGUCCAUGAGGUGGGGGAAGCCUGCUAUCCUUGCGGUCUGUGACAGAGCGAUUCGAGCGAAGCGCUGCCAUGGCUGGAGUGUUUGACAUUGAUUUGGACCAGCCGGAGGAAAAUGUCUCCGACGAUGAGAUUGAGGAGGCUCAAAUCAAUAUCAUGGACCAGUGCAGUGGAUUUGAGUUCAACAUGGACGACUGCGAGAAGAUUGAGAUAUCAGAGGACAACGUCAAUCAGGGGACGGAGAACAUCAGACCGGAGUGCUUUGAGCUGCUGCGGGUCCUGGGGAAAGGUGGUUAUGGAAAGGUUUUUCAAGUUCGAAAAGUUGUUGGAGCCGCUUCGGGCAAAAUAUUUGCCAUGAAAGUUUUAAAAAAGGCUAUGAUUGUGCGCAACGCCAAGGACACGGCCCAUACCAAGGCAGAGAGGAACAUCCUGGAGGAAGUGAAGCAUCCCUUCAUUGUUGAUCUCAUCUACGCCUUCCAGACUGGAGGGAAGCUGUAUCUCAUUCUGGAGUACCUGAGUGGAGGGGAACUCUUCAUGCAGCUGGAGAGGGAGGGCAUCUUCAUGGAAGACACAGCCUGUUUUUACCUGGCAGAGAUCUCCAUGGCUCUGGGCCAUCUGCACCAGAAGGGCAUCAUCUACAGAGACCUAAAGCCUGAGAACAUCAUGCUCAACAACCAAGGCCAUGUAAAGUUGACAGACUUUGGGCUGUGUAAAGAGUCAAUUCACGACGGCACAGUCACCCACACUUUCUGUGGUACCAUUGAAUAUAUGGCCCCCGAGAUCUUGAUGAGAAGCGGACACAACAGAGCCGUGGACUGGUGGAGUCUGGGCGCUCUGAUGUACGACAUGCUCACAGGAGCGCCACCAUUCACUGGUGAAAACCGAAAAAAGACUAUUGACAAAAUCCUGAAGUGUAAGCUCAGCCUCCCGCCCUACCUCACACAAGAAGCUAGAGAUCUUCUGAAGCGGUUGCUGAAGAGAAACGCCUCGUCACGGCUGGGAGCGGGAACUGGAGAUGCCACAGAGGUGCAGGCUCAUCCCUUCUUUCGACACAUCAACUGGGAGGAUUUGCUGGCUCGAAAAGUGGAGCCUCCCUUCAAACCUUUUCUGCAAUCAGCUGAAGACGUGAGUCAGUUUGACUCGAAGUUCACCAGUCAGACGCCAGUCGACAGCCCGGAUGACUCGACCCUCAGUGAGAGUGCGAAUCAAGCCUUCCUGGGUUUCACGUAUGUCGCUCCAUCAGUCCUGGAAAACAUCAAAGAAAAGUUCUCAUUUGAGCCAAAGAUCCGCUCCCCUCGACGGAUCAUGGACAGCCCAAGAACCCCCCUCAGCCCAGUCAAGUUCCAGGGGGGGGAGUGCUGGGCCCGGAGCCCCCUCCUUCCCGGCGGAGGACCAAGCGUCCUCCAGUCACCUCAGGACCAGGCCAUGGAGCUGUCCACCCCAGAGCAAAUGGACGUCACAACAAGCUCCGAGGCCUCGGCCCCUCUUCCCAUCCGUCAGCCUGCCGGGGUCAACCUGGCUCAGAUGAAGCAGCAAACCUAUCCCGUCAUGGCCAAACGGCCAGAACAUCUACGUAUGAACCUAUGACCCACCGCGCCUCUUUAGGAGAGUUUAUUUCUGUUUUUUUUUUUUCUUUGUUGAUAUUUUUUAAGAAAUGAAGCAAAAAGAUACGGAUGCUAGAGACAAUUAGAAUCCCAAAAUUGCACAUCAGCACACUACAUAUACUGUCACAACUUGGGAGUUUGUGCAUGGGUCUGGGAUUCCAGCGUGCUGCAGUUAAAAGUGCUACCGACAACAUCAUUGUCUCACCACCACUCCUCUGACACCUCAGGUCUUAUGACCUUUGUCUUCUGAACUGGACUAGUAGGACUGGAAAUGUUUUGAGGAGCCUACAGCCUUUGUGCGAAUUGGAAAUCAAAGGCGAUAAUGUAUCACACAGUAUGCAAACGAUCUACUCUAAAAAUGCUGUUGGCCUCAAUUCAAGACGGCGUCCAAAGUGCUGCUUUGUGCUGUUUGAAUGAAUGCCAGCAAGGAAGUUGCUUCCAUGGGGAGAUUUUGAGAGUUCUUAAACAGAUGCUUCCUGGUUCUGAAUGAAAUGUUAUGAAUUAGGUUUACUAUUGAAGAUCAAAGAAAUCAUCAUUGUGAGCAGCGGACAAGCAGAGGUUCUGAUAUUGAUGAAUAUAGCUUAAUGUCUUAUGAUGUUUUACAAAAUGGAUGUAUUAACUGUGCUAUACAUCAACGAUGAAUCAGAGAGCCUCAAUUAAACAAGAAAAAAAAAAAAA